AUGGUCCCGGCAACGGUGUAUUUGUUUCUGAUGGGGCUUCCUUUAGUUUGCGGCAAGUGGGUCGAGGGCAGGGUGGAUACGAAAGAGAAUUGGGCUUUCCUGGCACGCUUUUGCUUCCUAUCUCUGGAUGGUCAGUUUGAAUAUUUGAUAGAGUUCGAGAGGGAUAUGGGUACACCGAACUUAUUGUUGUACUACGACGAGGACAGUCAGUGGCCGUCGGUUUAUCACAGUAGUAAGACAUGCAAGGAACGUGAGGCAGUGCUAAAUAAAGCUGGACAAAAUCAAAUAAUCAAAUUGUCCCAUUGGUAUCCAGAUACGGAAUAUUCAGGCUGCAUCCUUACCCAGGCCAAUAAAGAGGUGCCAUCUACGAAAAGUUCCACUACGUUGAGUCCAAAAAUGACAACAAAAGCUACUGUUUCAACGACUAAAUCAAAAAACAGUAGUUCUAACAUAACGAAGUUCGCGUUGCCGUCAGAUCCCACUUAUUACGAUCAGUUUCUUAAAACUACCACCCCUAAACCUAAAGCUACCAUCGUUGAUACAAAUUCUACCACUUGGUAUGAGCUGCUACCGACGGAUGAUUUGGCUACUACGCCAUUGGCUGAAGACGAACUAUGGGAAAGCAUUGGUCCAGAGACAAAUGGUAGCCUUUUUGAAAAUUUAAAGGAUGUUGAAAUAUUAUUCGAUAACAAUAAUAACAGCAAGCCUAAAAUAAAACGAUCGACAUUCGAACUCUACGAACGCUAUCGACGUCGUCGGCUGUAUUCGGAGUCGAAUCAAAACGGGCCCAGCAAUGCACAUGAAAAGACUGAAAGGUUUAUUGUCUCGUGUCAUAAUUCGAGAAGAUUCCGAUCUGCAAGAGAGAGAUGGUGGUUUUUAGCUGUCAGCAACUGCGAUAGCCCUAAGGGACUCGAGAUACGAUAUAAAUUCUUAAUGACCAACGGACCUUCUGGCGAUUUUUGGCACGAACACUUCUCUGCAGAUGAAUUUUAUGUACUCCCAAUCCUACUGGCAUACACAUUCGCCUACGUCAUAGUGAUGGUCGCUGUAGUGAUGUGCAGCGUAGAGUUAAAAGCUCGACACCUUUUGCAUUCUACGUACAAGUUGUUCCUAAUGUCGAUAGUGGCGCAGCACCUCGGUGUCAUGCUGCAAAGCUUAGCUGGCAUCAAAUACGCUUAUAACGGCUUCGGAUAUUAUGGUGCCAGGACUGUAGGUCAGUUCCUAUGCGGAGUAUCUGAAACAUUGUACCUGUUACUUCUCAUUUUGUUGGCGAAAGGAUACACUAUAACACGCGGCCGGUUGAAAGUUGGAUUCACAGUGAAAUUGACAGUGUUUAUGUGUUGUUAUAUAGUGACGUACAUCGUGCUCUUUGUUUAUCAGGCUAGGGCGUUUGAUCCAGGCGAAGUUUUAUAUCUAUACGAGAGUCCAGCUGGAUAUGGACUGAUCGUUCUAAGGGUCGCCGCGUGGUGUGCCUUUGCGUACGCUACGUUUUUCACAGUUAGAAAGUACCCAGAAAAGAACAUGUUCUACUGUCCGUUUUUUAUAUGCGGCACUCUGUGGUUCUAUGCCGGUCCUCUAUUUAUAUUAACUGCUAAUUCAUAUAUAGAUAAGUGGGUUCGAGAGAGUGUCGUGACAGCUGUAUUGCUAUUCAUCACAUUUAGUGGACAUAUCACAUUUUUGCUGUUAACACUGCCAGUUUUUGCUAACAAAAAUUUCCCGUACCACGUGCGUACUACCCAAAUAGGAGUUAUGGAGGUAACCCGCAGUUCAACUUUGGACAGAUUCGGACCUAACGCGUAUCAUCCGAGUGAUGGAGGUGCACAAACUGUUAUCAUACCUCUUACCAGGAGAACAGAAGAACUUAUAGGGAACAUGUACAACCAGUACAUGGCAACAGCUCCCCCGCUCUCAUUAGAGAAUGAAACUCCCAAAUUAAACGGAACUUCAAAAAGAAUAGACUCAAUGCAUUCUAGAAACGGUCUCUUACCUCAAUCUAGCACCGAAACUAACAAAUCUGACGAUAUUAACCCUUCAAUAAAAGACGAAAAAGAAGUUUUUACCAUCGAAAACCAAAUGACAAAAAUAGAAAAUGAAGCGAAGGAUUCGGUGUUGCCAGCUAACGAAGACCUGCCAUCUAUGGGGAGAUUGGGAAAUGGGGAAAGUGAUAGAUUAGACUUACCUCUAGUUUUACGGUCGAGACGAAAUAUUCUGGAACCUAUUAACAGAGACGUUCCAAUGUGGUCCUUAGCCAAAGGACCUUGUGUUGUUGCUAUGCAGUUGAAGAAGUCUAAAAGUAUAGGCGAUGAAGAUUCCUUGGAAACACCGCCAACACUGCAUCUGAACGGGAAGAAAGCGCCGGUGCGUCAACAGUCGACGUCGGGCGAGAUGAGCACUAUCCACGAAGGCAGAGAGAAGACCUACGUCCGGACACCUACAGACAUAUUCACUGUGCCCGCUCGGGGAUGACUUAGACAUAGUCUACUGGUUUAAGAAGUUGUAGUCCUAUGCAAACUUUAUAAAGUCUGGAUUGGCGUAUUUAGGAUUAUUUUCUAAGGUG